AUGUCGAACGAUGAAGAGACCCCAGUGAAAGCCACGGACGCGCCCGUCUUCCAAACCAUCACAGAACCGAAGGAACUCCGGAACGUUGUGGAGAACGACAUCUAUUUACUAGGUGGACAGGUAGCCAUCUUAUGCCAGUUCGCUCACCCCGCCCUCGCCAAGGGUAGCUAUAAGCACUCUAGUUUCGCAACCCGGAUCCCCCAACGCCUCCGCAACACCGCGCGAUUCCUCAACGCCGCUUACCACGCCCGCGUCAAGGGCGAUGACUACGACGCAAAUGACCCCGAGCUACACAAGUGGACGGCAGCGACUCUCUUCUUCGGCAUCAUCCUAGUCCGCGAAGCCUUUUUCGGCAAGAUGUCCGACACCGAGAUGGACGUUCUGCUCAAAGAGUCGGCUAUCUUCGGCACGUCGCUUCGCAUGCCGCCAGAAAUGUGGCCGGCCACUCUGGCCGAGUUCUGGGCUUAUUGGGAUCAUAAUAUCGCCACGUUAGAGGUCACUGAUAUGGCGCGCAAGUUGAGUCGGGACUUGAUGUAUCCAAUCAACCUCCCGCUCAGUGUGGCUGCAUCUAUGCCACUAGCGCGGAUUAUCACGGUCAACUGGCUGCCGGAGCGUCUGGCGCAGGAAUAUGAUCUUCAACCCACUCCCGCGAGCCGGAUUGCUUAUCAGGCGUUUGUGGCGUCUACGCGAAUCAUGUACCCGUGGAUCCCGCAGAGUAUCAAGCAGCGGCAGCAUGAUAUUUACAUGGAGGAUUUAAGGAAGGCGGUGCGGAGAAUCAAACAGACUGGACAUUGGGUGGGGGCUUAA